AUGGGCAAUCAAGACGAGGAGCAAAGACUAGGUGUGUUACAUCUGGACAAGACCCAUAGUCGCAAGAGAAAUCCGAAGAGAACGAAAAGAACAAAUUUCACGAGAAGUGCUCUUACUGAAGAGGAUAAACGCGCGCUAAGGUAUGCUCAAGUUGAGCCGUUGUACCAGAUGUGGUGUGAUUACUAUCGCAGCUUAUUAGGGGAAAAAGAGAAGACACCGGAUGAGCGCAUGUUGAAGGCCGACUAUCACGGUGCUCUAGUUCUUGUUGCCGAAGCACACAACCCUACUAUGAUUGGUAUCGUUGGCAUAAUCAUACUGGAAACAAGGCAGACGUUCCAGUUGAUAACGAAAGAUGACAAAUAUUUAGUGAUCCCAAAACAAGGAACGGCUUUGCAGUUCAUUCUUGAUGGACGAGUAUUUACGAUAUUCGGUGAUGCAAUGAGAUACAAGCCCUCGCUCCGAGGUAAAAAGCAUCGUCUACGUGUUGCAUUACCAUUUUUUAUUAGAUAA